AUGAGCUCUACCACCAGCAGCUGUGAGCCCCCUGACCCCUUGAAUCUUGAUGGUACCCUCGGCUCCCAGGAGAGCGGCCAAGGCAGGAAGGUGCAUGGGCAGCAUAAGCAUCCCAGCAGCACCCAUCUGGCCUACGGCAUCCUGGACAACCCACCCUGGUAUCUCUGCAUCUUCUUGGGAAUCCAGCACUUCCUCACCGCCCUGGGGGGACUCGUGGCCAUACCGCUCAUCCUGGCCAAGGACCUGUGUCUGCAACACGACCCCCUGACCCAGAGCUACCUGAUCGGCACCAUCUUCUUCGUCUCUGGCAUCUGCACUCUCCUGCAAGUGUUUCUGGGAAUCCGGCUGCCUAUUCUCCAAGGAGGGACGUUUGCUUUUGUGGCCCCCUCCCUGGCCAUGCUCAACCUUCCUACCUGGAAGUGCCCCGAGUGGACACUCAAUGCCAGCCAGGUGAACACCAGUGCUCCAGAAUUCAUUGAGGAAUGGCAGAAGAGAAUACGAGAGCUGCAGGGCGCUAUCAUGGUGGCUUCCUGUGUCCAGAUGCUAGUGGGCUUCUCAGGCCUCAUUGGCUUCCUUCUGCGCUUCAUUGGCCCCUUGACCAUCGCUCCGACCAUCUCCCUCGUGGCCCUGCCGCUGUUUGAAUCUGCAGGCAACGAUGCCGGGAUCCACUGGGGGAUCGCUGCUCUGACCAUCUUCCUCAUUGUGCUGUUUUCUCAAUACCUGAAAAACAUCGCGCUGCCGGUGCCCAUUUAUGGACGAGAGAAGAAGUGUCACACCUCCAGGUUCUACCUGUUUCAGGUUUUCCCUGUGCUGCUGGCGCUCUGCAUCUCCUGGCUCCUCUGCUUCGUGCUCACCGUCACCGACACCCUGCCCUCGGCCCCCACCGACUACGGGUUCCUGGCUCGCACCGACGCCAAAGGCGAUGUCCUCACCCGGGCCCCUUGGUUCCGCUUCCCUUACCCAGGACAGUGGGGCCUCCCCACCAUCAGCCUGGCCGGGGUCUUCGGGAUCAUCGCCGGGGUGGUUUCCUCCAUGGUGGAGUCGGUCGGCGAUUAUUAUGCCUGUGCCCGGCUGGUGGGGGCCCCACCCCCUCCAAAGCAAGCGGUCAGCCGCGGCAUUGGCAUCGAGGGCUUGGGCUGCCUGCUGGCCGGGGCCUGGGGCACCGGCAAUGGCACCACAUCCUACAGCGAGAACGUCGGGGCGCUGGGCAUCACCAGGGUGGGGAGCCGGAUGGUGAUUGUGGCCGCCGGCUGUGUUCUGCUCCUGAUGGGGAUGUUUGGGAAGAUCGGGGCCGCGUUUGCCACCAUCCCCACCCCCGUGGUCGGAGGCAUGUUCCUGGUCAUGUUUGGGGUCAUCACCGCCGUGGGGAUCUCCAAUCUGCAGUACGUGGACAUGAACUCAUCCAGGAACAUCUUUGUGUUUGGUUUCUCCAUCUACUGUGGGCUCGCCAUCCCCAACUGGGUCAACAAGAACCCGGAGAAGCUCCAGACAGGGAUUCUCCAGCUGGACCAGGUCAUCCAGGUGCUGGUGACCACUGGCAUGUUCGUGGGUGGAUUUCUGGGCUUUCUGCUGGACAAUACCAUCCCGGGAAGCCGGGAGGAGAGAGGCCUCCUGACAUGGAAUCAAAUCCCAGAGUCUGCGGAGACAACCAAGGCCUCGGAGGUCUACGGCCUCCCCUGGGGGAUUGGCACAAAGAUCUGCACCUCAUCGUGCACCCGGUGGCUCCCUUUCUGGCCCAAGCUGGAAAAGGGUCAGAGCGACGAGGUGGGAGUGAGCCAGCUGACCCUCUGCUCCCCGGAAUCCCCAGGAGAGCACCAGAAGGGUGCCACAGACACCAGCAUGUGAGGGUCUCGCUCGGCACCCCCCACCGCCCUCCCAGACCACCCCCCAAUGUGCUGAUCUCCCCAUCCACGUACACUGGGCACCCCCCACACACCACGAACAGGCCGUACAUGGAGCCUCAACCCAGUCUCCUCGUCACUGCGCUGACCGCAAGCCACAUCCCUCAGCGACCCUCCCGCCUCCCAUCCAGUGCAGACAGGUGUGACCUGACCUCUCUCGGAAGAGAGGAAGGGAGAGGCCUCCUGGCGCAGAACCAAACCCAAGAGGAGCUCGAGAAGACAAUGAAGUCCUGCCUCCCUGUGGCACUGGAGCGAAGACCUGCCCUCAUCCUGCACCUGGUGGCUGCCUCCCGGCCCACCUGCUUUGGGCAGGGUUUUGGGCUCCUGGAGGCCUGGGCUGCGCAGGAGUCAGAGGUGGGCUGUUUACCGAAGCUGGAA